AGAUAGAACCCCAAUUGGGUAUAAAGCCCAUUUAAGAUGGUCAUUUUGUAAGAUAAGGCGUUAAGUUUCAACCAAGGAACCCAACAGGCCACACGUUGGCUUUCACAAGCCGCUUGAUGUCCCUAGGAAAAGAUGUUCACUUACAGGGCAUGUAAAGAAACAGUGGGGUCAGAAACCGUGUCUUUGAUACUGGCUAUCUUGAGAUUGGAAAAGCUUUACGAAAAGAAAGACCACACCACUGACCUUCUUUUCAAAGUUCCACUGAGCAACACCGACAUCAUCCCUCAUCUCCAUGUGUUCAGUUCUGUGCUUCUAUUGGUCACCGUGGCAACACGUGGAAUCGUUUUGUCAGGACCUCGUGAGGCAGUGUCAGUUGUCAUGGACUAGAAGGUCCGGUAUAAAAAGGAGAGGUUUGAACCAGGUAGAUACACAGUUCAGGAGCAACACAGCACAUCUACAGCCAGCAUGAGCAACACCGGCACGAACAUGAGGGGCAAGAUCACCUUCUACGAGGAGAAGAACUUCCAGGGCCGCUCUUAUGAGUGCAUGAACGACUGCUCGGACAUGUCCUCCUACCUGAGCAGGUGCCAGUCCUGCAGGGUGGAGAGCGGCUGCUUCAUGGUGUACGACCGCACCAACUACAUGGGGAACCAGUACUACAUGAGGAGGGGCGACUACUCCGACUACCAGAACUGGAUGGGCAUGAGCAGUGGCGUCAGGUCUUGCCGUAUGAUCCCCAUGCACAGGGGACAGUUCAGGAUGAAGAUCUACGAGAGGGAGAGCUUCGGCGGUCAGAGUCACGAGAUGAUGGACGACUGCGACAACAUCAUGGACCGCUACCGCAUGAACGACUGCCAGUCAUGCCACGUGAUGGACGGCCACUGGCUGAUGUACGAGCAGCCCCAGUACAGAGGCAAGAUGAUGUACAUGAGGCCCGGAGAGUACAGGAGCUUCAGGGACAUGGGCAUGAGCGGCAUGAGGUUCAUGAGCAUGAGGCGCAUCACUGAUUCCUGCAACUAAAUGAUCACAAAAUGUCUCUUGAAUGUAUCAAAAGCCAAUAAAUGAAUAAUUUCUAAACAUC